AUGCCAUUUUUCGAUUACGUGCGAGAUACGCUUGCGUGGCAGGCCAUCCGUUUGGUGACGGGUGGCACGCUGCCCGAGUUUCAAUAUUUCGACGAACGACAUCCUUUGCUUAGACAGAGGUAUGUGAAUGACAGCGCUCGACGAAAUGGGCCGCAAGAGACGACGGAGGCGAUGGGGUCAUACGCGAGCAGAGGUCCGGCUCUGAAACGCAACGCAUCGGAGAACAGGGCGAGGAACGCGACUAGAGAUCCCUACACACGCGGGCGCUCUUUUGACGAACCAAGAUUACCACAUAGCCACUGGUCGAAUGAGACUCUGGAGAUCUCGAACUUGGAGAAGUAUUCUUCCAACUCGCCCAUCGCCAACAGAAAUUUGCACCUGGUCCAAUUUCUUCCAGACGAUCCAGAGGAUCCAAGGAACUGGACUGGUCUCAAGAAAACCAUCGUCAGCUUUCAGGUUUGCCUACUCAUUGCCUGCACAUAUGCCGGUGCGUCCAUCUAUACGGUCGGGACGGCCGGCGUGAGGGAGCAGUUCGGAGUCAGCGAAGAUGUUGCCCUUCUUGGACUGACCACGUUUGUUCUUGGAUACGGAAUCGGACCAAUGGUUUGGAGCCCGCUGGAAGAGAUGCCCCAACUCGGGCGAAACCCCAUUUACGUGUUUGCACUCAUCAUGUUCAUUGUGGCUCAAAUACCGAUAGCUCUGGCCACCAACAUUGGCAUGCUGCUGUCCUUCCGAUUCAUUGCCGGUUUCUUCGGUUCUCCAGUUCUGGGUUCGGGGGGCGGAAUCCUGAUGGAUUUGUAUGCAGCGCGAAAGCAAACCUAUGCCAUGGCAAUGUGGGCUCUCAUUGGCAUCGGGGGCCCGACAAUUGGCCCGAUUAUCGGUGGGUUUGCUGUCGAAGCCAUGGGCUGGAAGUGGACGGCUUGGAUUACCGCUUGGAUGGGGACGACAACACUCGUCGUGAUGCUCUUCUUCCUCCCGGAAACCAGCGCCGACAACAUCUUGUACCGACGUACUCUUCGACUACGCAGGGCAACAGGCGAUCGACGUUAUAUCUGCGACGCCCAAAUCAAGUGGGAAGACACGACGGGUAGAGAGGUGUUUUUGACUCAUCUAAUCAGGCCGUUCACGAUGGCCAUGACCGAGCCGGUUGUCUUCCUCCUAACGCUAUACAGUUCCUUCAUCUACGGCCUGAUGUACAUCUGGUUCGAGGCACUUCCCAUGGCCUAUGAAGAGGUCUACCACUUCGACCUGGGAACUCGCAGCAUCACUCUUUUGGGCCUGAUCGUCGGUGUCCUUUUGAUAAUUCCUCCGUUCUUCCUUUAUUAUAGGAAGCGUAUCGAGCCUCACUUCGACCACCUGGGCAACAUUGAGCCUGAAAAGCUUUUAUUGCCGGCCAUGCUUGGGUGCCUCUUCCCGCCGGCUAGUCUGCUGUGGUUCGGGUUUACAGCGAAACCCACUACCCACUGGAGUGUUCCCAUUGUCGGGUCAUCGUUGUUCACAUCCGGCGCUCUGCUGCUGUUCAUCUCCUUCAUGAACUACCUCGGAGAGUCAUUCCCGGAUCAUAUAAACUCAAUCUUCGCAGGGCAUGAGAUAUUCACUAGUCUAUGCGGCGGCACGUUCCCUCUGUUUGUGCCGCUGUUGUAUUUCAAGCUGGGCAUCCUGGGAUCGAGCAUCUUGCUGGCCAUUUUUGCUGUGUCCUUUGUUCCCGUACCAUUUAUUCUCUUUUUGAAGGGGGCAAAGCUGAGAAAGCGUAGUCGUCACACUAGAAAGGAUAGCUUCCACGCCUAG